AGGUCCCCCCUCCCCAACAGUACAGAGGCUGUCAGGCUAAUGGUAGCCGCUAUGAGUCGGGCGAAGAGCGAGAGACCAAACCCGGAGGAUUUCGGACAGAUGGAGUAGAAAGAAUGCUGCUCUCUCAAAAUGCAUCACAGUAGACGGAUAACAAGCUGACGCCAAACAAAUAUACAGCAAACUUUCAGCGCUGACAUGACGCUGGGGUUUAAAUAAGAUGUUUUAAACUGUCCGAGAACUGACAAAAUGCAUGUGCAAACUGAUCAACUGGAUUGUUGAAAUGACUUGGUCGGCGCUGACGCUGUCUGAUGGCUCAAACUGCAUAAUAGCCAAAUGGCAUUUUAUUUUGCGUCGACUUGACGUUUGGACCUCCAAUAUUGGAUCAGUUGUCUAGCUAGAAGUUCGGAUGAAAGUAAACAACUGGUGCAAUGUCAAACUACAUGGUCCGGAGCGUAAUGUACUAUUCGUGCUGAAGCGUAUGGGUCCUGCGUACUCAAGCUCCCGACUCCCACACAAAAAGGAUUGUCUCUGUUGCGGGGGGUGCAGUGCAGUAGCUGUCACAGCUCCACAUCUGGCUACUGACUGGAUAGUUAACUAGCUAGCUAGCUAACUGUUUUUCCUCUUGGGAAGCUAGUGAGGUUGAAUGAGUUUCUGCAUCAUUCGAGAGAAAGAUUGCUUUGUGAAAUCACCUCGGUGGUUAUCGUGUUCCGAAGAAGGGACCUGUAUUUUGGACAAUAUCUGAGAUCAAUCGAACAGUUUGAAGUGGUUCACAGCUGUCUUCUUAGCGAAAACACAUAAGGACUUUGCGUAAGUCACGUAUUUUUAAAGGCAAAGAUAGGGUGACAUUGCAGUCUCAUCAUAUUGGAUUUAACGUCGCCCGACAAAAAAAAGUGAAAGUGGGGCAUUGUCCGUCACACGUAUUAACGCAGUGGGAUUUGUACGUCUGGUCGGCGUUUUCCCCCACCCUUCCCUUGGUGACGGUGAUGGGUCGGAAGCGGUGUGUCGGUGCAGAUUGUUCCAAGAUGGCGGCCGGGUGCUGCGGGGUGAAGAAGCAGAAGCUGUCGGGAUCCCCCGGGUCGGGGGGUCCUGGCGGGGUGGGGGCGGGAAACGGAGUGGCAGGGACCGGACAUUGUGGAUCGGACUUGGGGAUUGGUUCCUCCUCGACUGUGGCGGCAGGGAACAUGAAUCGAGUGAACGGCCUGGGGUGUCCUGGGGGUAGUAGUAGUAGCACCAACGCGUUGUCCCCAACCCCGGGAGGCUACAACUCAACUGGCCUCUCCCCGAACCUAAGCCCGGGAUCUGGUUCGGGAAGUGGAGGCAGGAAGAUGGUUGUUUCGGCGGAGAUGUGCUGCUUCUGUUUCGACGUGCUUUAUUGCCAUCUGUAUGGAUACCAACCUCCCCGAACACCUAGGUUUACAAACGAUUCCUACCCGCUGUUUGUCACAUGGAAAAUAGGCAGAGACAAGCGGUUGAGGGGAUGUAUAGGUACAUUUUCUGCCAUGAACCUCCACCCAGGACUCAGGGAGUACACCCUUACCAGUGCCCUUAAAGACAGCCGCUUUCCCCCCGUGACGAGGGACGAGCUGCCACGCCUCUUCUGCUCAGUGUCUCUGCUCACCAACUUCGAGGACGUCGGUGAUUACCUUGACUGGGAGGUGGGUGUUCAUGGCAUUAGGAUAGAGUUUUUCAAUGAAAAAGGAUCAAAGCGCACCGCCACCUACCUACCAGAGGUCGCAAAAGAGCAAGGAUGGGACCACAUUCAGACCAUAGAUUCCUUACUACGAAAGGGAGGCUACAAAGCUCCCAUCGCAAAUGACUUCAGGAAGACCAUUAAGUUGACCAGGUACCGUAGCGAGAAGAUGACAAUGAGCUAUGCUGAGUACAUUGCCCACCGCCAGCACCAUCACUACCAGAACGGCACCGGGCACCCUCUACCCCCAUACAACCAUUAUUCCUGACAGCGAGCCGCAUGACCAAUCACUGGACCUCUCUGCCGACCUUUUCCCAGGAGAGCCCGCCCCCUCCUGGUCUAGCUAUCUCUACUACUGUACCAUUUUAUGAUGAUAGUUUCCGUUGCCAUGCUGACGCUCUCCCAGACGUUGACGUGGCAACGGGUGGCAAAAUGAGCAUCAAUUGAUGAUGACGAGAAAAAACUAAUCUUUUAUUUUUAUCCUCCUAUUGAUUUAGUUUUUGCAGCAUAUAUAUCAAUAUCUAUAACCCCUUUAGUUUUUAUUUUUGUUCACAAAUACUCGAUUUUCCUAAAUGUAUUAUUUUCAAACAAUCCUAAUCAGGCUUUUGAUUCUGUGGAUGGAAGCAAGUCAUAUAUAUGGUGAAUUCAUAAUGCAUAAAGGUAUAGGCUCAUGUUUUGUGUAGGCUUAGCUACAGUGUCCCAUCUAUUAGGGACAUGUUUAUCUUUUUCUGUUGAAUCCUUUCUUAGUAGCCAGCUUGGCAUUAUGUGUGUCAUGUGGCAAGCCAACAGCCGUUCUGGAAGACUCAAUCUUUUCCUCAAUUUUGCGAUUCUUCUCAAGAAAUGGACUAAUGUUGGUUUGGCCUUUGUAACCCGUUGUAGUGCUGUAGAUUGUAGGGUUGUGAUGCCACGCCACUAGUACUUGCUGGUCUUUUUUAUUACAUUACCCCACACGUGUUUGCUUUUCUGUGUGUGGUUAGAAGUUUGUUGUUAAGUUCACAUCCGACAGGAGAUUGAAACCGCUGUAUUAAAUUAGGAAUAGGAUCAUGACAAAAUAUUUGACAGAGACGUUCAUUUCCACCCCUGAGUGUUUUGUAAUGAAACCUGCAAAACUUGAAUUGAAUUUGUUCGGCUCCAGCUCAGAUAUUUUCACCCGCUCUUCUUUCCAACUUGAGAAAUGUAUGGAGGAAGCCAUUUCAGCAUGAUCAUGGCUGCGUCAAAGGAGGUAAUCUGUCCCUUGUCUCUGUGAAGCAGGCCGCUAGUGAAAGUGAUCCAUAGGGCUGGAGGGUGUGAUAGGGUUGGAGAGUUGACUGCAGGGCUGGAGGGUGUGAUAGGGUUGGAGAGUUGACUGCAGGGCUGGAGGUUGUGAUAGGGUUGGAGAGUUGACUGCAGGGCUGGAGGUUGUGAUAGGGUUGGAGAGUUGACUGCAGGGCUGGAGGUUGUGAUAGGGUUGGAGAGUUGACUGCAGGGCUGGAGGUUGUGAUAGGGUUGGAGAGUUGACUGCAGGGCUGGAGGUUGUGAUAGGGUUGGAGAGUUGACUGCAGGGCUGGAGGUUGUGAUAGGGUUGGAGAGUUGACUGCAGGGCUGGAGGUUGUGAUAGGGUUGGAGAGUUGACUGCAGGGCUGGAGGUUGUGAUAGGGUUGGAGAGUUGACUGCAGGGCUGGAGGUUGUGAUAGGGUUGGAGAGUUGACUGCAGGGCUGGAGGUUGUGAUAGGGUUGGAGAGUUGACUGCAGGGCUGGAGGUUGUGAUAGGGUUGGAGAGUUGACUGCAGGGCUGGAGGUUGUGAUAGGGUUGGAGAGUUGACUGCAGGGCUGGAGGUUGUGAUAGGGUUGGAGAGUUGACUGCAGGGCUGGAGGUUGUGAUAGGGUUGGAGAGUUGACUGCAGGGCUGGAGGUUGUGAUAGGGUUGGAGAGUUGACUGCAGGGCUGGAGGUUGUGAUAGGGUUGGAGAGUUGACUGCAGGGCUGGAGGUUGUGAUAGGGUUGGAGAGUUGACUGCAGGGCUGGAGGUUGUGAUAGGGUUGGAGAGUUGACUGCAGGGCUGGAGGUUGUGAUAGGGUUGGAGAGUUGACUGCAGGGCUGGAGGUUGUGAUAGGGUUGGAGAGUUGACUGCAGGGCUGGAGGUUGUGAUAGGGUUGGAGAGUUGACUGCAGAGCACAUUGUCCUCUCAUUCAUUGUCCUCUGAGAAAAAUACCGUCAUCCUGUUAUUUCAUGCUAGUUGGUUUGAGAGGAAAAACCAAUGAAGGAGACUUGAGUCUAGUGACAGGUAUAUGCUAAAACUACUUAAAGCCAUAUUCUGUUUUUAAUGCAUGUGGUUGUUUUGUAGGCUUGAGAUGUUUGCUUCCCCCCCACCCCUCUUAUCUGUAACCUCUGUGUUUACUUCCUCUACGAGUUUACUUUAUUCUGGUGGCUUUGGUCCCAAUAGUUGGGUUUCCUCUCAAAGUUUGUGUUUUGGUCCUGGUUAGGAAUCUGGGCCGGUAAGACAUUAUCUGGACUUACUCAGUUAGCAUGGGUUAGCAUCAGGGGUGUAUUUAUUAGUCGGAGUCUGUUGCAAAAUGUUUUGCAAUGAAACCUGUUUACUGUUUGGUUCCUAGAGUAAACAGGGAAAAUGGAACGAAACGGAGAGGACUACCUGAAUUUGUACAAUAGAAACUCAUUUUCAUUGAUAAACGUUUUACAUUUGCAACGGAAUCCGACUGAUGAAUACACACCAGCGUUUGAACUCCUUUGUGCUGUUUGUUAGUCCUCAUCACCUCUGCUGCUUUUAUACCAUUUUAACUGAAGCUUGUGGCCACAAUGACAAAUAAUGAAACUUGAUGUAGGCCUAAUCAAUGUUUACAUCCACAUUUGACAUUACAUGCUUGAUGACUGACGGUUGCCAUAGUUGUACACUUUCAUGUGCUCUCGUCAAAACGCUAUGAGAUCUUGUGGAGGCUUCUGGAGAUAGCAUCUAGCUAACCUUAAACCCUUGGAACUGGUCAUCGUCGGUUGAUUUGUUCAAAUCCGUUAUUUCCUCAUGACAUGCUGCUGUUUGUUGAGGUGCUUGCCGUUUUCAGGACCAGUUGCUCCCCAUCUCUGUGCCACUAGAAACCAUGCAUGGGUUGUUGGUCUGUCUUGUCAGCUGUUUUGGCAGAUUGGUGAGCUGGUUGAAACGGAUGCAGAGGAAACUGAGAAAGAGUGGUCAAGCUGCAUUCAAACCCUACAUAAAGAGCCAGGGAUUUCAAGUAACCAGUUAGUCAAUGUCCUCUUCAAGUGUUCCUUUUUGUCAGUCACAUCCAUGCCCAGUAGUUGGUAUGUUUUAUCAAGUGUAGUUAAUGGAUUAGCUAAUGAUCUCUGUGUCGUGUACAGGUUUGAGAGGUGCUUGUACAAAAAAAAAAGAACGAACAUAUUUUUUUAAACAUCUUUUACCAACUGACAGUAGGGUUAAUCCUUUUUAUUUUAUUUUUAUAUGCAAAAUGUUAAGGGCUUUUGGCAUUCCAUCCACAGUAACCCGAAAUGACCCAGAUUUCAGUUGUGUUGAUUUAAUAAAUGAUGGACCAGUAAAAUGGUGCCCUGAGUGUUCCUCUGUCCUGUACUGUCUAACACUGACCUCAACCUACAGAGCAGUGACGGGCCUUUAAAACCUGAUUCAUCCAUUCACCUUCAGAUAGACACAUUGUAGCGGGAGGCAGAUGGGAACCUUUCUUAUAAUCAUACCAGGACAUUAGAAACCCCCAGCUUACUUCACUAAUCUAGCCUAUUGUAGAAGGGGUUUGUCCACAGACAUGCUUGGUUUAGAUGUUAUUGUGGUAAUGGUCUAUCUAUCCUGUUCUCUGUGCUUCCCUGCUCAGGUAUUGGAUGGCAUUUCCUUCAUAUUAUCCUCUUGUGGUCAGGGAAAUGCUGCUCAACAACAUUGACAAGACAAAGGAGGCCUACGUAAAGAGAUAUAUUGGCCUAGUAGUUUGUCACAAAAACAGUUUUCAGAGAACUGCGGGACAAGCUAUCCCUGUUGUUGAACAAUCGGGUACCCAUUUUCUGGUCCAUUCAAUACAGCACAACCUGAAUACUUUUCUGCUGCAAAAUCAAGUCCACCAUUCUCUUUUACAUACUUGCCGAUAUAUGUAUACACAAAUGCAGUCCAUUCUGUUGCAUGUGUGUAUAAAACAUACAGUAUGGUUUAAUCCCUGACAUCGAAGGCUUAGAGACUUGUAUAAAUCAUCAAAAAUAAAUAAAAUGGUGCUAUUGGACCUCAUGUUGGGGCGGUCGCGAGUUUCGUGACUGGUCAUGCGGACUCAUCGAUCAUAUCCGACUUAUUAUCCUUGAUAUAUGCAGAUCUGUUCAACAGGUGUUUUUUCCUACCAGUGUAAGUCAACACCCUGCAGGUUUGAAAGGACAAGAAGUCACUACUAAUCCCCCUCCCCCCAACUCCCUGCCUCAUGGCCUGGGGGUUAAAGGUAUAGUCUGUCGUUCAGUAGAUCGUGGCAUCAGAAGGGGACAUUCUCUCCUGGACUGGGACAGUAAAGAGUUGGAGUAAAAGGGGUCUAUCGCCCCUCCUCUCCAGCCUCCCAUCGUAGGCCCCUUUCCCUGUCCAGCCCACGAUUGGAUGUUCCUCUUAGAAGCACACCCAUAACACUUCAUGUUUUACUCUGUUAAAUUGUGAGUUUUUAUAGCUGUCCUGUAUCAUUUACUCAUCCAUGGAGUUGAUUAUCAGCUUUAAGGUCAUCUGACAGAAGGCUCUCACUCAACUCUGGCUCUUACAAACUCCCUCAAAGGAAGUCGUGCUUCUCAUGUAAUAUUGUCAUUCAUGUAGCCCUCUAUAACAGUGGUUUCUUUAAGCUGGACAUGAGGGUGGGUUUAGUUGGCAGGUUUAGUGAGCCAGAUGAGUGAUUGCUGAUGUCAUCAGGAUGCUCACAUAAUUAUUGUAUGACAUUUGACUUGGACAAUUCGUUGCCAUUCAUGAAUCACUCUUCCGUAUGACCGUAAGUAUAUCAUGUUACGUAAUUUUAACAUGGAAAUGACUGAACGUAAAGGUUCAUGAAUAUCAAUAAAUCUCAGUCAAAUGUGAUGUGAUUUUCCUGGUGUCCUUCAAAAGAUUAUUCUGACUGCUAAUUAGCAGUUAGUUUAAACACACCUCUGCCCAUGGACGAGUGACCAUUGUUCAUACUAACACAACUGGGAUAAUGUGUAAAGACAAUGUAAUUUGGUUCCAUUGCCCGGUUUAGCCCCUGCAUCCCUUGUAUGUGUACCGGUAUGCAUAUAUUUUUGUGGAAUGCUUAAGCUCCUAUUACCUUUGUAUGUUCAACUGAACCAAAGAUGCCUCUGGCCCAUAGAGAUGUAUAGAGAUCAUAACAUGGAAGUAACCUGUUUUUGCAUGGACGUUUAGGGCUUCCUCCUUUUUAAAAUGGUCAACUGGGUGGGGAUUCCUAUGGGUUGGGAGUGAUCGACCAAUGAGCAGAGCAUUGUUUUCUUCAAAUUAGUUUGUCUAGUUUGUAAUUGGCUUUAAGCUAUAUGGCUGCCAUCUAGCGGCCACAAAUUGAACACAAUUUGGUUCAAGACUCCAUCACUGCAGGUGGUAGUAAGUCACCAAUGUUAGCUUUACACUUUUUUCAAACAUCAAAAGAAGAAGAAAAUGGACUACUUUAAAAUGGAGAACGCCUCAAUGGCACUGCGCGUGCUGUCACAGACGCCAUAAUGGCACAGAUACAACGUAGCGAUCUCUAUACAUCUCUGUUUUGGCCAAGUCCAAAUGCUGCUCUUCAGGCCUGGCUUCCUGUCCUUCCAAAAAACACCCCUGCAAGAGACAAAAUGUUAUUUUUUUCCGUCUGUUUCAGAUUUUUAAAAUCUGUUUUUUUUUGUACAAUUUCUAACUUGUCUUUUUGAUUUCUUUAGCAACCUCUUAUUCAAUGAAUUUCAUUGAUUAUGUCUGAAGCCUUACCCGGCAUCAAGGAUAGUGAAAUUACUUGGUUGCACACAAUUUUUUAUUUUGUUGUCGUCACUUGUAUUUUCAUUAUUUUAAUUUUUUUCAACAACAAAAAAAAACCCAUAGCGUGCCUCCUAGAUGUAUG